AUGUUUAGAAUUGCUAAGAAUUUGGUGAAGACACUGGAACAAAGUGUCCAAGAUACGUUGGCUUUAUCUUCCAGUACUUCUGAGAUCGAUGCAUUUUUCCAUUCCAUUCCCCCAGCGCUAUUAUUGCCACAAAUGCAAGAGCAAUCUGGAUAUUCUCCGGAGGACGCUGGGUCUGCAAGUGUGAGGUCCAACGUCAAUGAAUCCCUAUCUGGUUUGCGAAUCGUGUUUGUGCACGAGACUCAAUUGCAAUUGCAAUCAUACUUCGACUUCAUUGUCGGUAUAAAUGAUGAACCGGUGCCUGUGAUCAUCAACCAACAUGGUUAUUCAUACCCCGAUUACAACAGAAUUGUCGAAUUACUGAAUGAGAAAUGUAACAAUUACGUCAAGUUGAACAUAUGGUCCGGCAAAGGGGGUAACUAUAGAGACGAGUACGUGUCAGUGCAAUACAAAGACGAAUCGCAAUUGGAAGAUGUUUCAUUAGCGGCUGUCGAAGAUAACCAAGCAGCCAACAAGAAAUUCCAGUCGCUGGGAUUCAAAGUGCAAUGGUCCCCACUAAUCGCAGCCACAUUUGUGUACCACAUCCUCAACAUUAACUUACCAAAUGGUCCUGCCGAGCAGGCAGGCCUUAUCCCAGAUGAGGACUACAUCAUCGGCUGUCAAGAUGGUCUUCUGGCCACUGGCGGAGAAACGCUGCUGCAAGACAUUGUCAAAUCCAGAGCAAACCACGAACUCAUCCUCUACGUGUACAACAAGAUACACGACUGCGUGAGACCAAUUACAGUGAACAUCGGCGGUGACGGCAGACUGGGAUGCAACGUAGGUUACGGUUUCCUACACAGAAUCCCCACCGUUGCACCAUCACAUACCACAGGCACCGCCACUACCGCCACUACCACCGCACCACCACCAGCAAUAGAACCACCAGCAAUAGAACCACCAGCACAGCUAUCUGAAGAGGCAUUCACCCCACAAGUAGCCCUGCCAACCGCAGGCAAGAAGAGGACCAAGACAAAGCAUACAACCGGCCUCGUUGACACCGACUAUUUCAACGAGGGCAAGGACACAGCUCCACCAUCCUCCACGAACUCCAAGGCAGACGUGCCCCCACCCCAACAAGCAUCCAGACACAACAAUAAGCACACACACGCACACCUCCAAUACAUAUGUAUCCACAUCUUUAUAUACAUUAUUUAA